GCCUGGGACGGGCCGCAUCAGACGGCUCAGUGCGUGUGAAAGGAAGAGAGUGGGUGUAAAAUCGGCCCGGGCGGUGGAGUGGUGCCGAUCGAGGGUGCCGGCAGAGCGGUGCCGCAAUCGGCUGGUGUCGGACGGCACCAGUGGGAGACGGUGGUGACCAUGCUGGUGCUGGUGCUAGUGCUGAUGGUGCUGGCGGUGGUGGUCGGCGUCCGCAUCUUCACCGAGAGAUGGAAAAACUACCCGCCCGGCCCCUUCAGCAUCCCAUUUCUGGGAAGUCUGCAGCAGGGAAGGAUAGUAAACACCCUAGCGUACGAAGAGUUUAAGAAAUGGGGCGACCAGUACGGCAACCUCAUCUUCUUCAAAAUAUUUAUGGACCAGCCGCUCGUUAUUGUUCGCGGCUACGACCUCAUCAGUGAGGCCAGCAGCAGCCGGGCGCUGACCGGGGUCGGCUCUCCGCUAACGUUCCGGGAGCACGGCCUGUUCCGGCGCCGCGGACUGAUCUUCACAGACGGCGAGACGUGGCACGAGAUGCGCCGCUUCACCGUGCGCACCCUCCACGGCCAGGGCUUCGGGCGAAAGCAGCGCACCGAUAACCUUAACGACGAGCUGGCGGACGUGCUGCAGCAGAUGGAGGCGGCCGCUGACGAGGGUAGAGAGGUGAACGCGCGACAUCUCUUUACGCUGGCGGCGACCAACUCGCUGAUGCAGCUGGUACUGGGCCAAAAACUGGCCCGCGACGGCCAGCUCCAGCACCUCAUCCAGGUGGUCGACCGCAACAUGAACACGCUGAGUCCGUCGUUCAUCCACCUGGAGCUGUUUCCCUGGCUGAGCUACGUGGCACCGGAGCUCUCGGGCUACCGCCAGUUCCGGCAGGACGUGCGGGAGCUGGUCGACCAGUUCCGCCCGAUGGUGGACCGGCAGAAGGCCGCGCCGGACGACCAGGUCGGUGACGCGCCGCCGCUUCACCUGCUGGAGGCGUUUGUCCGCCAGCAGCGACUGGACAGCAAGGGCGACCUCUACUGUGAGGAGAACCUCCUGGUGUUGCUGAAGGACCUCUUCAUUGCCGGCAUGGAGACGACCAACACGGAGAUGGAGUGGGUGCUGCUGCUGCUGGCGAUGCACCGCGACGUCCAGGAGCGCGCCGCCGAGGAGGUGGACCGCGUCAUCGGCCCCGAGCGCCGGCCCGCCAUCGACGACAUGCCGGCCAUGACGUACCUGGGGGCCGUGCUGGAGGAGGUGCUCCGGUUCGCGCAGCCGGUGCCUGUGACGCAGCACAACACGACGCUGGGAGCCACCCAGCUGGGCGGCUACCACAUCCCGGCCGACUGCCGCGUCAUGUUUGACUGGCGCAGCGUCACCCACGACCCGGAGUUCUGGGGCGACCCGGAGACCUUCCGGCCCGAGCGGUUCCUCGUGCCGGACGCGUCGCGCCUGCGGAAGCGGGUGCUGGCGUUUGGCCUGGGCCAGCGCCACUGCAUUGGCGAGGCGCACGCGCGCCAGUCGGUGUUUCUGUUCACGGCCGGCUUGCUGCAGCGGUUCACGAUGCGGCUGAGCCCCGGACAGGGUGGCGGACUGGACCAUCCGGAGCCGAACCUGAUCAUGAGGCCGCGAGACUUCCGGCUGACCGUGGAGCGGCGUCAGACGCCCGGGCGUGACUGAUCCCGACCGACCCGACCGGGGUCAGAGCUGACUGCUCUCCACCUUCGGCAGUGUACGAGAGCAAAGCGGCAUAGAUCAGCAUUCUAUCCCCUUCUCGUACAUAGUUACCACACAGAGCUAUUGGAAUAAUCGGCAGUUGCGUCUAACUUCUGCGAAACUUCUCCAUCUUCCAAAAAAAACUUGUCAGAGUUUUUGAGCAACAUAUUUGAAGCUUGAUGCUUCUAAUAUUUCAUCCUAUUAGCGAGAUGAUAUAUGUAGAUAGGAUAGGUUUUGGUGUGCUACGUUGUUGUGUAUUGUCGCUUACUAGCUGAUCUAUGCAACGAUCGAUGCGAAUUAAGGCCUGGCUACACCUUGCAUUUCUGCGUGCGUUUUUUGCGGGUUUGCGUCUUUUGCGUAAUAUCGUUUUAGAGAAAGAAACGAUAUAACGUUUUUGUGAUGCUUUUUAUAUUAAAUUUUAUAUUAACUUUUGUAUGCCUAUAACUAAUGCACAACUAGUGUAAAAAUCAUAUUAUUUAUAACUUCUUUCUAGAACGAUAUUAGGCAAAAAAAAAAACAAAGCCUAAAAACGCAAAGUGCAUGAACACGCAUAACAACACACAGAAAACGCAUAGUGUAGUCAGGCCUUUACUACCUGCACCGGAGUAGCCGACCUCGUUUAGGGUGCAUGAGGUUCUUGAUACCGAUAUGUUCUACACUUUCUGGAGUUAUAAGACUAGGAUAGCCUGGUACAUGCUAUGUAGUGC